AUGGCCGGCGGCAGUAGCGUUCGGUCGAAAGCGAAAGGCAAAGGUGAAGAUAAUUCCCGCCGUUCAAUUCCUCCCGAUGAAGAUGCAGCUAAUCUUCAUCAGCUUGAAGCCCAGCACGGUAUCCUGGGUAUAGUGUUGCUGUUGUUUUGCGGUACCGCAUCGAGCUAUCUGUGCACCUACCUGCCGGAAGCACUGACGACAGCUGACCUAAGCCGCCAUCCGACCGCAUUCAUUGCCGAGCGAGCCUGGGACAAUCUGCAGGUUCUGAACGAUUUCGGUCCCAAACCGACCGGGUCGGAGGCGAACGAACUUGGCGCUGCCGAUUAUAUCCGGCGCGAGGUGGAAAAGGUGAAAGCUACCGCACACGCAGCACAGCUAGUGGAAACAUCGCAUCAGAUCAUUUCCGGCGCGUAUCCCAUUGCUUUUCUGGGCAAUCCGCUUACGAGCGUUUACCGGAACGCGCAGAAUCUCGUCGUGAGGUUGGCCGGGCAAGAAAACGAUGGUGGUUCAUUGAUGCUAAACUGCCAUUACGAUACUGUGGCCAGCAGCCCGGGUGCGAGCGAUGAUGGUGGUAGCUGUGCGGUGAUGUUGGAGAUCUUGCGCGUACUGUCACGGGUGCCGGAACGGAACCGCCACGCGAUCGUGUUUCUGUUUAACGGUGCCGAAGAGACGCCACUGCAGGCAGCGCAUGGGUUUAUUAGCCAGCACCAAUGGGCACGGGAAGUGCGUGCAUUCCUGAACCUCGAAUCGGCCGGUUCGGGUGGCAAGGAGCAACUCUUCCAAGCCGGUCCUCAGCAUCCGUGGAUGAUUGAAGCUUACGGUCGUGCUGUUCGGCAUCCGGCCGCUCAGACCGUUUCGGAAGAGAUCUUCCAGUCGGGGAUAAUACCGUCCGAUACGGAUUUUCGAAUCUUUCGAGACUUUGGUAACGUGCCUGGGAUGGACUUUGCGCAUACGAUCAAUGGAUAUCGAUAUCAUACGCGUUACGAUACCAUUGACUAUCUGACACUACCGGUACUGCAACGUACAGGCGACAACAUCUUAGCACUCACGCGCGAACUGGCCAAUGGUGACGAGUUGAGCCGUGCCGCCAGUGACACAUCCCUGUCCGAGGGAUACAGUGUGUUCUUCGAUGUGCUCGGUUUGUUCUUCGUGCACUACAGUGCCAGCACAGGUCGAAUAAUCAAUGUAACACUUGCCGUCCUGUCGUUGCUUCUACCGCUGAUGGAACUCUGCCGACCGGUUCGACGUGUUGGUGAACGAAACAUCUUGAAACAAACUUUGGUUGGUUUGCUGGGUACGGUAUGCGGGACUGCCGCAAGUCUCGCAGUGGUGUUGAUCAUUGCUAACCGGUUGGAUGCAGUCGGACGGGCCAUGGCGUGGUUCUCAACACCGUAUCUUAUCCUCGGACUGUACGGAUGUCCCGUUAUCCUGGUGCACUGUUUCGCCCAUCGGCUCUGUAACUAUUGGUUCGAUGAUAAGAAGACGGUGCUUAACCUCACGCAAACGGUUCGUUCUCGGUUGAUCGGAGUCAACCUUUUCUGGACGUUGCUGAUAAUCCCUCUCACCUUAGCCAACAUCCGUAGCGCGUACAUCUUCGUCGUAAUUCUGCUGCUCUCACUAUUGUCCACCAUCCUUACCUCAGUGCUUGGUUACCACCGUCAACCAAGACGCUGGCUUGCCCUGCAUCUGGCAUUUCAAGUACCCAGCCUACUUUGGGCGACCAAAUUUUAUCAUCUGCUGUUAAAACUGUUCAUACCCCUCACCGGACGCAUGGGUGCUGGGACAAACCCCGAGUAUCUGAUCGGUUUGUUGGUGGCUGGCGGUGGUCUCCUGUGCAUCAGCUAUCUUGUGCCCUUGGUUGGGUUACUUAAGCAAACUUCCGAACUGACCGCUCGUUUGACCGUUUUUGCGAUGAUUGCGUUUCUGCUCGGAUGCUGCACGCAGGUCGGCUUUCCGUACCGGGACGAAAGCAAUGGAGAACCAUCCGUGCAGAGGCAUUAUGUUACCCAUACACUGCAAGUGGCGCACAGAAAUGAUGGACCUGUGGUGAAAAAUUCUGGAUUUUUGCUUCGCGAAAUGGACCGAAAUGCGGUGCGCGUGAUUCGUGGAGUGGCUAAACCAUCCGAGGCUGUUCCGAUGCGGCAAAUGGAAACCUGCCGUACGAUGCUCUUUUGCGGUGUGCCGUUCUAUUCCAUCUGGCACCAGAUUCGGUUCAAUAAUUAUUGGAUAGAAGGUCCACCGCCGGCACUAGAAAAGCAUACUCUGCCAACGUUUGAUCUGGUUUCUGUGAAACAGCAAUCUACUACAACUCGACAGUACAGUUUUAGUAUUACUCACCGGUACCAAACCUGCGUCCAGUCAGCGCUGAUCAUUGCUCCUAGAUCAGGUGUCCAGCUGGUGGCAUGGAGCCUCAUGGAAACUGUACCGGGUACGAUGGAAUUCAAUGGAGAGCGUGCCCAUUUUGUGCUUAUAACGUACGGCUUGGCAGACGAUGCACCAUGGACGGUCACGUUCGAUUUCGAGUAUGAUCCAGAGAUGGCUCUGUCACAGGACGGCGGGCAGAAACUGUUUGAUGUGAGCUGGGUGAACACGUACUGGGAGUAUGCGAACAAGCACACCGAUGAUUUCCGAAAGUUUAUCGAACAGUUUCCGAACUGGGCACACGUUAUACCAUCGGUGGCCGUUGUGAACAUUACUGCCUAUUGA